AUCAAGGCGAGGCGCUUUCAAACAUUGCACGUACGGUAACUGCUCGUAUUGCAGCUUCACGGUUAGUUAAUUUGAAUUAAACGUUCGAACUUAGUUGAAUAGUUUGCUGUGAUUGUGUAAAAGUGUGUUCCUCUGCGUAUAAACCUCAACAAAAAGAUGACCGAAGCGCAGAUCUGUGAUAUUAGCCCGGAGGCAAAGGAGGAGAUCUGCAAAUUUCGUUUCCGACGAAACGCAACCAACACUGCGCUGAUUCUGAAAAUUGAUCGCGAAAAGCAACUAGUUACCGUAGACGAGUUGCUGGACGAUGUGGCGAUCGAGGAGCUGCAGGAACAGCUGCCGAGCCACCAGCCACGCUACAUCAUCUAUAGCUACAAGAUGGUACAUGAUGAUUCACGGAUAUCCUACCCAAUGUGUUUCAUUUUUUACACACCGCGCGACAGUCAGAUGGAACUGUGCAUGUUGUACGCAAAAACACGCAUGGCUUUGCAGCGUGAGGCAGAUCUAACUCGCUACUACGAGAUUCGUGAGCUGGACGAUAUGACCGAAGAUUGGCUAAGAGAAAAACUUCGAUAAAAUGCAUAAUUCUACGGGGAGAUAGCGACCAACAAGACAUCACCAGAAGCAGCAGAUGAAGCUCCACGAAUGCACAGACAGACAAAUGCACACUAUAAUAUGCACCUAGAAAUGAUAACCCCAAUAGAGAGAGCGAGAGAGAAUUGCCAAAUAACAAAUGCCAGAAAAAAAGUAACAUGCAAAAAGUAAGCAUGAACAAUGCAACGUAAUCGAUUCAUAGUCCCGGUGCCCUGCCGUAUGCCGAUCGGUUGGGCAUGGAGAACAAAUCCGUGCUAGUAAAAGGGCAAAACUCAAUUUUAGAGAGCUUAUUGAACGUAGUUGGAAUACCUCGGCGUAAGAAUUUUUGGUCAGAAUUUUUGAUGUAGCUACCUACCUACAAUAACGAUAACGAUAUCAUCCACGACGGCAAGUGGAACAUAGGACAGGACCAGUAGUUGGCUUUUGCUGAUCAGAAUAUCUGUGCAGGAACAUAACGAUAGAUUUAUCGUGCAACGACGAUAUUAUCGUGCGUGAUAGAAGCUAAAUAGCUAUAACAUAACAUAAUCGUGUAAACGUUUCGCUUUUGUCUAUUUUUUUCUCUUUUUAGCGAAGUUGACGCAUAGCAUUUAAAGUAUAUUUCAAUGCCACUUCCGGAGCACUCCGGAACCAGCCAAUCGACAAAGACACAAGUACAACUACUAUUCGGUAAUUUUUGUUUUCGUUGUGUGUAACUAUGCAAAUUGUAACGAUUUCGACCGAACGUGGGAAACGAUCACGGAUGGGAGAUCAUUCGGUAUGUGAUUGUAGCAUGAGUACGAUCGAGUUUUGUUUGGUGUGCGUGCACGAUCUUGAUAGAAUUCAAAAGAAAAAUUUCAUUUAUUUACCUAAUUCAAACAGGCAAAGUAUGCUAACUAACUAUCCUACACGUCGGGGGGUUUUGAUUUCAUAAUACUGCGCUUGUUUUAGUCAGUGUAUUACCGUGUAACGUAACAAUAAAUGAAUAGUUUUGAUAGUAUUGAACCGCGUUGCUUAA